AUGGGAAGCGGCGGCGAGGCAGCCAAUCAGGUGUCAGCGGUUUUAUUUAUGGUAAUCGCAUUGCUCGUUUCGUUUCUAAUCUGCAAAACGGUUAUUGAUUUCGAUUUCCCGAUUGAUUUGCUGAGAUAUUUGGGUUAUAAUAUGAAGAAAUCGAAGAAAUCAAGGGUUUCGUGGCCAUCAGAUAGUAUGCUUUGUCAGGUGAAGCUGUUUCAAAGAGAAGAUUGUCCCGCGAAAGUAGCAUCAAGCAAUGUAAAGGCAUCGAAUCUACCACCUGGAUUUGAAAGAACUGAGUAUGGAAACGUGGAUGAAAGAACUGAGUAUGUUAAACUGAGGCUUAACAUGUCACACAUUCCCCGGAUUAAAUGGAAACGUCCACCGAAGUUUAUUCUGAAUGAUGCUUUGCUUGUUGCAAGUGGUGAAGAGAGCACAGAGACCCGUUGUGAAAACCUGAGGAUUGCAAAAGUCUUGGAAGCUUUCUAUCCACAACGCUCUGGCAUCCCUAGAUGUCCCUGUGUUUCACCGGCUGUAGAAGAUGAAAGCUACGACGACAGCAAAACUCCUAACAUCCCUCUCACUCUCAUUGGCGUCGAGCCUGUUGAAUCUUGUCACAGCUCCAGUUCUCCUGCAGCUGUUUCUAAUCUUGGACCAGACUUGAAUCUGGCUGCUCUGUCUGCGUUUUUGAAAACCAAAGAAGAGGCUGGUCUGAUUGAUACUGAUUUGCUUGUCAAGUUGCUCAGUGACCCGAAUAUAGUCAAGGACCUGAUGAAUGACACAUCACUUGAAACAGUGGAUAAUAACCCUAGACUUGUUCCUCAACAUGUCACCUCCUCUUAUAUGGAUAGAAGCCAGGCUGUGCCACAUGUUGUCCCUGUUUCGGUUCAGUCCAGUGUUCCUGUUGCUACUCAGCCCUUGUCCACUGCUCAGUGUCUGUCAAUGAACCUCCAGAAACCGCCUCUCGUCUUUCACACUUAUCCAUUGUCUUGCGGGGUCAAACCAUUGCCGAGACUUGAAGAUUCCUUGAAACCAAGCCCAUUUGAUGAUGCUGUGGUCUCUGAACAAAAGCCAGUGACAAAACCCAAACCUCAAUCCCUUGACAUUCCCACUUCCAACGCAUGGAGUAUGAAUAAGGUUCCAGCGGAAUCAGCGCCUCAAAUCAGUAAUGGUAUGAACAUAAAGCAGGUUGAUGAGGUUGUGAAAAAUCUGGACUAUUUCAAGAACCUUAUUAGGGAACACGGGGUAGUUGAUCAGCCAACAAACAAUGAUGAUUACAAAGGAAGGGCUGAUGGUAAAAAUAAUAUGAGAAUGGUUAAGGGUCAGAAAAAAGUGUGCAUCUACUUUGGUCGAGGCAGAGGGUGUAAGCGUGGUGACAGUUGCUUCUUUCUUCACGACCGUGACCGCUCUAAAAGGCCCUGGACCGAUGUUGCUCCCACUCCUAAACGACUCAAGUUUGGUUCCUAA